AUGUAUCAACAACAACCAAGAUCAAGAGCUACUGAGCUUUUGGACAGUCUUAGAGCAGAAAUUGAUACAUUGACACAUGAAUUAAAUAUAUAUAAACAUCAUAAAGAAGAUUAUGAAAGAAAAUUACAAUCACAGUUACAGGAGAUCACUUUGGUGCAACAGACUUUGGUCGAUCUCGAGAGAUCACACAAUAAGAUAAAGCAACAGUACGAUGAGGAGAUCAUACGAUUGAAGAAACAGUUGGAGCAGGUCACAGGAUCUAGAGACCUCAACAGUCCCAAUACAUUUCGAUCGAACAGUCCAGCACCGGGUGUUCAACAACGUAACACACCAACACCAACCAUUCCAGAUAAAAUGCCACAGCGACCAACAGGAAGAAACCGUUCAAACUCUGGUGAAUUUUACCCACAUCAACAACAGCAGCAACAACAACAACAACAACAGCAACAGCAACAACAGCAACAACAACAAGGACAGCCAGGAAUGCCACAACAACAACCACAACAAACUACAUCCUUCCCAAUACUUUCACCAAUCGACCAGAGACACAAGAAGGAAGUAGGAGAACCAUUGGGUGACUUGAAUCAACAACACAAAGAAGGAAUCGUAAAUGAUGAUAGAAGAAGAUUCAGUGAAAUGGAUAUGGAUGAAAAUGGUAAAGAUAAGAACGGUCCAGAUUGGUUGGUUGGAUACAAUCCAAAUGUACAAACAAAUCUCAAUAUCGAUUUAUUACAGACAUUGACACACAAUAGUGUUGUUUGUUGUGUAAAAUUCUCCAAUGACGGUAAAUACCUCGCCACUGGUUGCAACAGAUAUGCACAGAUCUUUGAUACUGAGAAUGGUAAAAAGUUAUACAAUUUCUUUGAUGACGGUGAAAAGGAAGGUGAUCUCUAUAUUAGAUCAGUUUGUUUCAGUCCAGAUGGUAAAUAUCUUGCAACAGGUGCAGAGGAUAAGACUGUCAAGGUUUGGGAUAUUGCACAGAGAAAGAUUCAACAGGUAUUCACUGGACAUGAGUUGGAUAUCUAUUCUUUGGAUUUCUCAUAUGAUGGUAGAUUCAUUGUAUCAGGUAGUGGUGAUAAGAAAGCAAAGAUCUGGGAUCUUAAAGAAGGAAAGUGUGCAUUUACAUUGGGUAAUGAAGAGGUUGGACCAAAGAAUGGUGUUACAUCAGUUGCUAUAAGUCCAGAUGGUAGAUUGGUUGCAGCUGGUUCGUUGGAUAACAUCGUUAGACUUUGGGAUGCCCACUCUGGAUACUUCUUGGAGAGAUACGAAGGUCAUAUGGAUUCAGUAUAUUCAGUCGCCUUCUCACCGGACGGAAAGUCAUUGGCAUCGGGUAGUCUCGAUAAAUCACUUAAACUCUGGGAUCUCUCAGGAUCGCGUUCGCGUUCACGCUGCCGUUCCACCUUCAAUGGACACAAAGAUUUCGUUUUGUCAGUUGCUUUUUCACCAUGUGGUAACUGGCUGAUCUCUGGUUCCAAGGAUCGUUCCGUCCAAUUCUGGGAUCCAAAGACAGGAACCACUCACAUGAUGUUGCAAGGUCACAAGAACUCUGUCAUCUCUGUUGCACUCUCACCAAAGGGUGGACUUUUUGCCACUGGUAGUGGUGACUAUAGAGCUAGAUUGUGGAAAUAUAUAAUGUUAUAA